GAUAUCACGAUUACAUAAUCAUAGGGAAAUCGUUUUCAACUCCGUGCCACUAGUAGUACUACUAUAGUACUUAAGUCAAUCUAAUUAACCGAGGAAGGAGUACUUAAUCUCUUGCACUCGACUGUCCUUUUCGCUUUAGCGUUUUCUCUCUCUCAAUGGCUGACCUCCAGGCGUCUGUAAUUCAGAAUGUCUCCCCACCAACAUCGAAGCAUAGCGUAGCAAUAGCACUUGGCUCGAACCUUGGCGAUCGAUUCGCCAACAUCGAAACCGCUUUGCGCUUGCUUGAGCAGCCUAAUCAGCUGUUGGCCGGUAUGGACGCCGACGUUGUGGUAUCGGUCGUUGACACGAGCUUCAUGUAUGAAACUGCGCCCAUGUACGUCACUGACCAGCCAAGAUUUGCAAAUUGUGCGUGCUUAAUCGAGACGAACAUAGAGCCGCGGAUGCUAUUGAGAUUACUUAAAAGAAUUGAGACGACGGUGGGAAGGGUGCCUAAUUUUCAGAAUGGACCUCGUGCGGUUGAUGUGGAUAUCCUAUUAUACGAUGACGAGAUCAUCGAUACUCGUGCUGAAGGCCAGAGAGAAACCCUCGAUAAUCUGGUUGAUGAGCUAGUCGUUCCACAUCCACGCAUCACAGAGCGAGAGUUCGUUUUGCGUCCUCUAGCUGACAUGAUACCAGAAUUCGUACAUCCGGUUCACAAGAAAUCAAUACGCGCCCUUCUAGAUGUCGUUAUCAGCCAGCCGAACACCGACUUCCCGAUGCUCAAAGUUACCCCCUUCGCCCAUUAUCCGAUCUCAGAGACACGCCAACUCCCCGGCAUCGAUCGGGUGCCCUCUAUGGAAAAAUACUGGAGCACCCAUUGUUCAAAUGACAUCCAGCGACCGACGAAAGUGAGGCUGAUGGCUACCUUGAAUGCGACUCCAGAUUCAUUCUCCGAUGGUUCUGUUAAUAAUACAUUGUCGGCUGCUCUGACUUAUUCUGCGACAUCCGUACGAGCGGGCGCCGAUAUCAUCGAUAUAGGGGGUUAUUCAACCCGUCCGGGAGCCGCAUUCAUCUCAUCCGAAGAGGAGUGCCAACGCGUGGUGCCUGUCAUUCAGGCCAUACGGUCACAUGAAGAUCAGGGCGUCAGUUCCACUCUUAUUUCAAUUGAUACAUUCCGUUGGGAGGUCGCGGAAGCUGCUGUCCUGGCUGGUGCAAACUGCAUCAAUGACGUGUAUUCGUUCACGGGUCCCGAGUACCCCCUUACGCAAGCUUCAGCAAAGCACCUUCUGAAAAUGCGAGAGGUGGCACGAAAACUCGCCGUUCCCGUCAUCUUGAUGCAUUCACGUGGGGAUGCCGGCUCAAACAAAGACUACAGCCAGUACAAGGGCGGCGUUCAAGAAGGUGUGCGGGCUGAGCUGGGAGAGAAAGUGGAGGCGAUUAUCAAGGGCAAAGGUGGAGUGCGAAGGUGGUUCGUUAUCGUUGACCCUGGCGUUGGUUUCAGCAAGACAGUCGAAGCAAACUGCGUACUGCUCCGCGAAGCUUCCUCGUUGACAGCUAACACUCCGAGGAAUCCACUCGCCGGAUACCCGCAACUUAUUGGGUCGUCUCGAAAGUCAUUUCUGGGGGCGAUUUUGGAACGCCCGGAUGCGGAUGGGACAAACAGGGGGAGAAAAACUCAGCCGAAAGAACGGGGGUGGGCAACAGCAGCGGCCGUAGCCUGCGCUGUUCAACAGGGCGCAAGCGUUGUGAGAGUUCAUGAUGUACAAGAUAUGCGAGACGUCGUGGCUGUAGCUUCAGCUAUCUGGAGUUACUGCUAGUUAGGGGCUUACCACCAAUGUACCACUGUAGACUAGAACUGGUCGUGUAAGUCAAUAUGCGCUAUCAAUUAUUGUGUUAAUAACUGGGCAGAUAAUUUUUCACUG